AUGAUGCUGGGUGGGCUCCUGCUCCAGCUGCUCCUCACCACGGCUCUGUUCCCCAGCAUCCUUGGGACAGUCUCAGUGCAGAACCUGCACCUCUGCGAGGGCUACGUUGGCCGUGACGGCCACUCCCACCCCGGCUUCUACUGCCCACGGCUGACUGACCCUCCCGGCCACCGCUACUGCUGCCAGCCCAGCCCGCGCGCCCUCAAGUCCUGCUGCUCCCAGCUGGCCCUGGAGGCCCUCACCGGGGUGAACCUCUCCAGCCUGGCCAGCCCUGAGCUACUCCGGAACCCACUGGCCUUGCCCUUCGUUGGGCUCUACGGGCUCCUUGUCCUCCUGCUCAUGGCCAUCGACCUCUGCCACUUCUACUGGACCCGACGCUUCCACCUCGGCCGCCUCCUGCCCUGCACCCGCUGCCCACCCUGCAGACCCCGGGGAGGGCACCUGCCCCGUCCCCAGCCUUCCCACGGUGCCCCCAGCCUGCCACGCCCCAGCCGGGGCUGUUGA